UCAAGCAUGAAAUAGUACAGACUACAGUAGGCCCUACAGUGUAUGCUCAGCUGAUUUUAAUUGUUAUUUAUGCAUCUGUUGAUUAGAUGGAGCUAUAACUAUGGAGAAGAAGGCGGAAAUUGACACUGCGAAGCGAUUAUAUCGUGGCAUCGUGGAUACCUUGCAAAAAUUGGAAACAAUAUCUAAGCAAAAGAAAAAUGCUAAGGAUAUGUUCUUACCGGAUAGCGUAUCUUACAGACAACGGUUGAAGGAGUUUUGUGAGAAGCUGAUGUUUGUGGGAAGAGUGGAGUACAGCCGCAAAGCUGAGGAAGUUCUGUGGAGACGCUGCUUCUAUGAGACCAUGCAGGCAUAUAAACAGAGCAGAAAGGAGAGGAUGGAGGACCCAUCGACGGGCGGACACUAUCGCAUGCACCUCCUCGCGGCGACCGGCUACUACCAACACCUGUUGCUUCGCAUCCAGAUGGAGUGCGGCGUGUCCUUCAACAACAUCCUCGACUUUGGCUUCCAUCACGGACGCUCGCAGCGACGCGAGUAUCAGGCAGAGUAUGAUGGACAGAGGAGUGUAUGCCCCACAAACCAGCUUGGGACGCUAACCGGUUCUGCAUACAGCUGUGAUGCCGCGUACUACUACAUGAGGUGUUUGUCAGUGCCGGUGCCGUUCAACGGAGCGCAGAAGAAUCUUCAGAGACUGCUCGAGAAGAACAAGAAGAAGUACAUGGACAUGGCUUCACGGUCCAAGGACGUGAAGUCGGAGCAUCAGCGGGAAAAAGAUAUUAAGAGUUUCGUCUUGAAAUUCCUUUACACACUAGACAUACUGUUAGAUGGAAAUCAGAGGGUGUCCAUGAUGGAGCUGCAGCAGCUCUGCACGAUCACACUCGAGGAUUUCAACAUGUGCAUGUACUACAGCGAGGAGGAGGAGGAGGAGGGUGGCGGCUCGGCGUCCGCGGGGGGCCGUCCCGCCCACCUCAGCAACGACAUGGUGUUCAAGAUGAUCGCGCUCUGUCUCAUGAUCGUCGCUCAGUUGCAGAAGAAAGGGUCUGCGCAGUUGUCGGCAGCGAUCGCCUUCUCUCUCGCGCUGUUCUCUCACGUCAUCAACCACGCCGUGAACAGACUGCAGGAGGAACUGUACAAGGCGGAGAACCCCAAGCUGUCGCUGGAGGAGAGCGACGGGGAAGGUUCGGGGACGCACGAACGCGCGGGCGGAACGGAGGAUAACGAAUCGUCGUCGAGGAAAACGCAUCUGACGAAGCUGAGGAAGCGGAGAAGGAGACCGGGCAGCAGCAGCGAGUCCGACCUCAGCGAGGGGGAAGAUUUUGCAGACUCGGACGAGGAUUUUCUGACAGAGUCGGAGGCAGAGGACAUCAACCUGUCGUCUGAUAGCGGGAGUGAAGCCCUGUCUGAAGAAGCUUACGGAGACGCAAAGAGACGCGAUGAAGAUGCAGGCAGGUCGCUGUGUGUCAGGAGCAGCGAGAACUUGAAGCAGAUCUCCGACCAGCUGUUCGCAUCCGACCGCGCGGCGUUCAACGCCGGCAGACGCCUCUCCGCCAGUCACGACCAGCCCGACGAAGACAGCGACGACAGCGCCCUCUCUGAUUCAUCCAGCGAAACCGAAGCGAGAGCGCACAGGGAUCUGACGUCAGUGCUGUCCAUAGUCGCCGCCCACCAGCUACUGAUGUCCGUCAAAGUGUUCACCGACUGGCUACGCUUCAACGAGCCGAUCAUAGACACGUGUGCGCAGAGUUCUCAGCUUCUCUGGUCCAGGUUCUCUAUACUGCUAAACCUGCUGCCACACGAAACAGACUUUGCGAACACAGAUGUGUGUGGAUCGCCGACAGUGCGGGAGGAAGUGGAGAGACUCGUCUCGCAGGGGAAGGAGUGGACCCAAACAUGUCUGCUUAUGGAGGACCUCGCGCUGCGCAAGUGCUGCCCUCUACGGCAGGCCCACGGCGGCAUCGACUUCUCCACGAAGAGCGUUGCUAGGCAACAGCAGGUUCGGGUAGAUCUAUUGUACGCUGUGACGGCAGAUGUGGGGCUAGGAAACCCCGUAGUUUACCCCUGA